AUGUCAGGCCGUUCAUUGACACGUCAGCUUCCAAUCUUACGAAAAGUCUCUGGCCUCUCACGAGAAUUGCACCCUCCCAUUUUCCUUGCGCCGUUGCUAGAUUCGAUCCCCCAACCUUUACAUCAACGAUCCUCAUUCUCAACAACAGCGACUCUCUCUGUGCGCGCGAACAAGAAACGUGAUGGCAAUCCGCAUAGAGGUGAAUCAGCGCUACGAAGAACCGGCCUCAGGUAUCCAAACGGCAUGUCGAAGCAGCCGCUCCCACAACCUGUGCUGGAUCCGACGAAGAGAUCAAAGAUCCCAGUCGAUUCGGACCACGGGCUCUGGGGUUUCUUCAAUAAGAACCGAAAGGCAUUGAGUACACCAGAAGAUGUAAUUGGGACUGGUCGCCCCUGGACUGUUGAAGAACUACGGCAUAAGUCCUGGGAAGAUCUACAUUCGCUAUGGUACAUAUGCUGUAAGGAACGAAACAGACUUGCCACAGAAUUUAAGGAACGAAAACGACUGCAAUUCGUACCCCAACUAAAGGGGGCAAGAAAGCGUGAUAUGACGAUUCGGCAAACACAAGCCAAGAUAAAGCACACGCUUACCGAACGCUGGUAUGCGUGGGAGGAGGCGCGGAAGGUGGCCGAGGACGACCCUGAAGUCAACCUUAAAGCUGAUCUAGACACUCCAGCAUAUCGGCCAAGAUCUUUCGAGGAUGAAGAGGAGGUUGACGAACAGCCUCGAGCUGCAGCUGCAGCUGGACCCGCAUAG